UAUACACCUUCUUCCCUCUUCACCCCACCUCCCAAAACCCUACCCCCAGCUCCUAAACCCUCGCGGCGUCGUCUCCACCGCCCUCCGUCUCGGCCACCGCGCCCUGCCCGCGCGCGUCCUCGCAGCUUCCAUCGCCCUUGGCGUGCUUGGUAGGGGAAGCGGAAGAUGCUCGGGGCCUCCAGGCGAUCCCUCUGCGCCGCCGCCGCCGCCGCCCGCAGCCGCGCGGCCGCCGGCGCCGCCCCCGCCGUCUCCGCCGACGCCGCUGCCUCGGUCCCGCCCCGCCCGGUGAGCAAUGGAGCGCCUCGGGCUCCUCAGCAGCAGAAAAGGUUGCUCUCGGUGCUUGCGGCGCCCAAGGUUAGUGGAACCAGCAAUGUGGCGUCCCUCAAGCUGAUGGAUGGUGCCCUUAUUGGGAGACGCUAUGAGUCGAGUGCGGCUGCAGUUGACUCCACAGACAUGCCGCCAGCUGAGAAGCAUGAGUAUCAGGCUGAGGUCAACAGGCUCAUGGAUUUGAUUGUGCACAGCUUAUAUAGUAACAAGGAAGUCUUCCUUCGAGAAUUGGUCAGCAAUGCUAGUGAUGCACUUGAUAAGUUGCGUUAUCUGAGUGUCACUGAUCCUGAGCUUCUGAAGGAUGGUCCUGAACUUGACAUUCGCAUCCAAACAGACAAGGAUAAUGGAAUAGUAACAAUUACUGAUUCUGGGAUUGGCAUGACGAAGCAAGAACUUGUGGAUUCUCUUGGGACUAUUGCAAGCAGUGGAACUGCUAAGUUCCUGAAGGCAUUGAAGGAGAGUCAAGAAGCUGGCAUGGACAGCAACUUGAUUGGCCAAUUUGGUGUUGGAUUCUAUUCUGCAUUUCUUGUUGCGGAUAAGGUUGUUGUGUCAACAAAGAGCCCAAAAUCUGACAAACAAUAUGUUUGGGAAGGAGAAGCAGAUUCCAGUUCUUAUACCAUUAGAGAGGAAAAGGACCUGGAGAAGCUCAUUCCUAGAGGAACUCGUCUUACUCUCUACCUCAAGCGUGACGACAAGGGUUUUGCUCACCCUGAAAGGAUCCAGAAACUUGUAAAGAACUACUCUCAGUUUGUUUCCUUCCCAAUUUACACGUGGCAAGAAAAGGGCUUCACAAAAGAGGUUGAGGUUGAUGAGGAUCCAGCAGAAACCAAAAAAGAAGGCGGCGCUGAACCCCAAACAGAGAAAAAGAAAAAGACCAAGACAGUUGUGGAGAAGUAUUGGGAUUGGGAGCUUACAAAUGAAACACAACCUAUCUGGCUUCGGAACCCUAAAGAGGUUUCAACUGAGGAGUACAAUGAAUUUUUCAAGAAAACCUUCAAUGAGUACUUGGAUCCUUUGGCCUCCUCCCACUUCACUACAGAGGGUGAGGUAGAAUUCAGAUCAAUUCUUUUUGUUCCGGCUACAAAGAAGGAAGACAUAACUGACAGGAAGACCAAGAAUAUCAGGCUUUAUGUUAAGCGUGUAUUCAUAUCAGAUGACUUUGACGGCGAAUUGUUCCCAAGAUAUUUGAGCUUUGUGAAGGGUGUCGUUGACUCAAAUGACCUUCCAUUGAAUGUCUCUCGUGAAAUCCUUCAAGAAAGUCGAAUCGUGCGGAUAAUGAGAAAGAGGCUUGUGCGGAAGGCCUUUGAUAUGAUCCUUGGCAUUUCUUGCAGUGAAAACAGAGAUGAUUAUGAAAGGUUCUGGGAGAAUUAUGGCAAAUUUUUAAAGCUGGGUGCCAUGGAAGACAAGGAAAACCACAAGAGAAUUGCUCCUUUGUUGCGAUUCUUCUCUUCUCAAAGCAACGAUGAAUUAAUUAGCUUGGAUGAAUAUGUGGAGAACAUGAAACCUGAGCAGAAGGACAUUUACUUCAUUGCCGCAGACAGUCUGAGCAGUGCCAAAAAUGCUCCUUUCUUAGAGAAACUCACUGAGAAAGAGUAUGAGGUUCUACUUUUGGUUGACCCUAUGGAUGAAGUGGCUAUCCAGAAUCUGAGCUCCUACAAGGAUAAGAAAUUCGUGGACAUUAGCAAGGAAGAUUUGGACUUAGGUGAUAAGAAUGAGGAAAGAGAAAAGGAGAUAAAGCAGGAGUUCAGCCAAACCUGUGACUGGAUCAAGAAACGCUUAGGUGACAAGGUUGCACGUGUUGACAUAUCUAAUCGUCUCAGUUCAUCACCAUGUGUUCUCGUUGCAGCUAAGUUUGGCUGGUCUGCCAAUAUGGAGAGGUUGAUGAGGGCACAGUCUAUGGGUGACACAUCUUCUUUGGAUUUCAUGCGUUCGAGGAAAGUAUUCGAGAUAAACCCAGAGCACGAGAUUAUUAAGGGCUUGAAUGUUGCGUGCAGAAGCAACCCUGACGACCCUGAAGCUCUAAAGGUUCUGGAUGUCCUCUUUGAAACUGCUAUGAUUUCAAGUGGCUUUACGCCCGACAACCCUGCGGAGCUCAGCGGGAAGAUCUACGAGAUGAUGAGUUCGGCCAUCGCCGGCAAAUGGUCCACGCAGUCGCAGGCGCAGCCCGCCAGCCCGUCCCCGCAGCAUGAUGCCCCGGCGGUCGAGCCUGAGCCCAUUGAAGCCGAGGUGGUCGAGCCUGAGCCCGUGGAGUCUGGCCAAAAGAAGUAAGAGAAGAGGGAGGGAACCUUCUCGAUCUUCCGCCCGCGCGGAAUCUUGUAGCGUACCUAGGUGUCACGAACGUCGGAUGUCAGCGCCGAGAAUUUUUCGAGUUCUUGCCCCAGCGGCCUGUACAACGAGCUGUGUGAUUGCUAAUGUAGACGUGUUGGAUAGGGUUUAGAAGGCAGGAAUAAGUGGUGUUUAGAAAAUCUGAACCGCAAUUUAAAUUUUGGUGGGUUUGGCCACUACGGAGAUUGUAUUUGGAAACUGGAAGCCAACCUCUUAUCUUUUGUU